AUGAACUCACCAAGUGCCUCAUCAGCAACGUUGUCGAUUCACUCGGACGAGGACCUCGAUCCCGUACCCGCUGUCAACCAAGUGAACCUGGUACCACAUGAAAGCGAGCACGAUGAUGGCGAAGAACCCACCUUCCGUCCUCCAGAACCGUACCUUUACCCUGUCGAUCAAGAAUCUGUCUCGCCAUCUAUGAGGGCAGCCUCAAACCCCGAUCAACGUAUUUUGAAAGCCGUUUUAUCAAAAGGCUUUGAACUCUAUGAGGAAAUCUCACGCAACGCGCCAUCUCUGCCCAGACACAACUAUUUCGGCAAAUUCGAAGAUCAUACUAGGAUCUUGAAAUGGCCAUCGGAAUACAGCUGUCAUGCAAUUCGUUCAAGGGGACGGAGCUUCGUUGGCAUUACUUCUCCCCUUAUGGAAGCAAUCUGUGCCAGGUUACCGACCAACGUCCGAAUUUCACUUGAAGCUGGAGCAAACCCCAAUGGAACACCCUACUCAAUAAACGAUGAUUACGCAGCUCUUUUCCUAAGAUUCAGGCCGAGCUUGCAACGACUGAGGCUCGGAUAA